GACUGCGGGGCCGGCCUCCGGAGCAGAGCGGCCCGUCCUGGGAGCCCUGCGCCCCCGCCAUGGAGGGCGCCCUGCUCGCGCUGUGCAACUGGAGCACGCUGGGCGUGUGCGCCGCGCUCAAGCUGCCGCAGAUCCACGCGCAGUGGGCGACGCGCAGCGCGCGGGGCAUCAGCCUCCCGAGCCUACUCCUGGAGCUGGCGGGGUUCCUGGUGUUCCUCCGGUACCAGUGCUACUACGGGAGCCCGCCGCUCACCUACCUGGAGUACCCCAUCCUCAUUGCGCAAGAUGCCAUCCUGCUGCUCUGUGUCUUCCACUUUAACGGGAACGUGAGGCAGGCCGUGCCCUACGUGGCCGUAUUCGUGUCUUCCUGGUUCAUCCUGGGCCUGCAGAAGUGGAUCAUAGACCUGUCCAUGCACUUCUGCACGCUUAUCAGCGCGGCCAGCAAGUGUGUGCAGCUCCAGCACCUGUGGAAGACGCAAGACUCAGGCGCUGUGAGCGCCCUCACCUGGGGCCUCUCCGCCUACACCUGUGCAACGAGAAUAAUAACAACGCUAAUGACCACCAACGAUUUUGCAAUUCUCAUCCGUUUCGUGGUCAUGCUGGCUCUCAACCUAUGGGUGACGGCCACAGUGCUCCGCUACCGGAAGCCCCCCCACAAGGCUGAAUGAGGAGCAGGCUGCCGCCCCCCCUGCACCCAAGUGCACCGGAGCCGCUCACCUCGCCCGCCGAUGUAGCCAAAACUUUCCCAAGGUUCCCCUGGACUUGAAGAGGUGUUCCCAGGCCUCUCCUGAACACGCGGCUUUCCCUGCGCGCUCCCCGCACCUGCGGGUCCCGGUGGAGCUCAGCUUGGCAAGGCUGGGGCUGAGGGGAGCGGGGGUCGCUCCCAGUCAGAAGCAGAACUGUAGUGGAUGAGACAGGUUCACUGCAGGACUGUUUACUUCUUCCGUGGGUAGAGCACGGAGAGCUUGUGUAUGUCCCAAUACAGAAUGUCUAUGUCCUAAUGCACCUGCUCAGACUCCCCCAGGGCUCCAAGGCAAGCACCGAUGUGGCUGGCUUGAGUCUGCACCCCGCACCGUGCCCUGACCUCACUCUGUGCCUUCAAGUGAUUCCUAACGGGAGAUACGAUUAGCUGCAAUCUAAUCUCGACAAACUUCGUGAUCAAGCACAAUGUUGCCUUCAAAGGGGCCCCAGCUCUGCAGCUGCCACUCCUGGAGUAUGGUAACGACACCAGGUUUUGCCGACUUCAAGUGUGUGAAGAGCACUGCUGGUUCUAAUUCCUGGAGACUUCUCACAGCACCGUAUCCUACACACGACAGUAAGAACACACGGCGGUUUCCUGUAAGCCCGUUUGACUUCAGUGGCAUUAUUCUUAUAUACACUAGUUUAUUAAGUGUUUAGCUGAAAAUAAACUUCCUGUUUUCAACUCU